AAUUCAUAUAUUACUCCAUCAUCACAAGUACCCUUCUCACAUCUCUAGAAUUGCUUACCACCAACAGUUCAGAAACAUGAGAGAGAUGGGUUCCAAGAGCAAUGCAACUCUUGCAUUGUUUCUCUUACUCAACCUUCUCUUCUUUGCCUUUGUAAGUUCUUGUAACACUUGCCCUCCAGGGAGAAAACCAAAUCCAAAUCCCAAUAAUCCCAAUAACCCCAAUAAUCCCAAUAAUCCCAAUAACCCCAAUAACCCCAAUAAUCCCAAUAAUCCCAAUAACCCCAAUAAUCCCAAUAAUCCCAAUAACCCCAAUAACCCCAAUAAUCCCAAUAACCCCAAUAACCCCAAUAAUCCCAAUAACCCCAAUAAUCCGACCUGCCCCAGAGAUGCCCUAAAACUAGGUGUAUGUGCUGAUGUGCUCGGCAAUUUGCUUAAUGUUACAAUAGGUGCACCUCCAGUAACACCAUGCUGCAGUCUCCUUCAAGGACUUGUUGACCUUGAGGCUGCUGUGUGCCUUUGUACUGUGAUUAGGGGAAGGAUAUUGGGCAUCAACCUCAACCUACCUAUUGCAUUGAGCUUGCUUCUUAAUGUUUGUUCGAGAAAUACUCCUCGUGGCUUCCAAUGUCCGUAAACUACUUCACUUUGUUAGCCUUCUCUAUGGCUUUUCCUCAUUCAGCAAGCUAUGUUUUCUAUAAUAAGAGUGUGUUGUAGUGUAAGUGCAUUGCAUGGUAACUUCUGUCUUGUUUGCUUUGUCAUAGUUUGCUAGUUGAUGUGGUUGAUAUGUAUUAAGUUUCCUUAAUUAUGUAAUAGCUCAAGAGUCCAGACUCAAAAUGGUCAUUUUUAUAAGGCUUGUUUAUGUGUAACUUUUUAUUAAAAUGUUAUUGAAAAUCAUUUACUUCUGUUUA